AGUCAUUAGAUUGACAGGAUGGAGAUCAGUUCACUGCCUGUGAUGCUCUUGCUGAUUUCACUCAGUCCAGAAACACAUGCUAAAGGGCAAUCUAAAGCUGUGUUGUCCAUAAAGCCUGAUAAACACGUGUACAGUGGCGAGAAUAUCACUCUCAGAUGUGACAUAGAGGGAGGAGACACUGAGUGGACAUACAUCUGGUUUAAGAAUAAUUCCAGUCUCAACACAGAAGAAGGAAAAGGCAAACGGUAUAAAGACAGCAAAAAGCAAGAGUUCAGUAUCAAGUCUGUUAAAGACCUUGACAGUGGUAACUACACCUGCAAAGGACAGAGACAUAACUCUCAGAGCUCAGGGAUCAGUGAUGCAGUUACACUGACUGUAUCAGAUUCACUCUCAUAAAUGACAGACUAGUAGAAGAUGAUUCCAUUAUUUAGCAAAAUAAAUAAACCCAAGACUGAUGAUGACAAGAAGAAUGAACUAACUCCUAAUGCCUACUCUAAUUACAUAGUACAAUUAGACUUAUAUAGAGAGACCACAGGCAGUACUCAGUGUAUUUCCACAGAGAUGGCUGACUGAAGGAGACUCAGUGACUCUAAGCUGUAAAGUUACAAACUCCUCUUCAGACUGGACAUUCAGAUGGUACAGAGAUGUUCUCAAUAGAUCCAGUC